AAUGCAAUGCUGUGCUGUUUGAUAAUAGCACAGUUGCAGGCAGUUUGCUUUCUAUUUGUUUGAGCAUGAUAUCCAGUCAGUGAGAAGCAAGGUUACGCUAUUGAUUCGAGUAAGGUGCAAAAAUGUCAGCUGAAGUAAUAGACCCGAAUCGGCGAAGGAGAUAUACUCAUGAUACUUUAGACUUCCCCCGGGAUUCUGACCACAGAGCAGAAAGUCACCACCGAAGGGGCUCCCUCUGUGACAGACACUGUGCAGUUAGUCUCCAUGCAGAGCUGACAGACACACACUCGCCCACAAGCUCCCAGCACAAUUCCCAGAUCACACCCAGAUACAUGGCAGCAGCCAGAUCCUCUGCACUUUGCCACCACUCCUCUGAACUGAUAUGCGAAGGAAGUAUUACUAAGACCACUAUCACAGCAGAGAAUGAAGUGGAAGCUCAUAAACUAUCUAACAACUACAGGUUUGGGUUCAAGAAAUGGAAGAGCCAUGUGACGGAGAGACCCUGGGAAGACAGAUCGGAGAUCGUGAAAGAGCUUUAUUCUGAACUAAACACGAUUAAAACCCAAGCAGGUUCUGUAUUUUGCUUUGGGAAUAUAAUCUAUGUUCUGUUAUUUGGCUGGUGGAUCUUUUUGGCAUAUGUUUUUGUUGGUAUUAUAAUGUUCAUCACCAUUAUAGGAGUCCCUUAUGGUAAACUCUCUUGGAAAUUGGCUGGGUAUUUUUUCUGGCCUUUUGGGAAGUCGAUACAUAAGUCUGGCAGUAUAUUUAGGAAGCAUACAAGGUUCUCUACAUGUGAAGUGAUACCCGAAGUGGACGAGAUUAAAGAGACCACCCCCCUUGUUGGGGGUAACCAAAACCUGCAAGAAAGCCAGCAAAGCCACAGGUCACACGAGGUUGGCUAUUGGUGCCGCGUAAACACAUACCUGUGGCUUUUGCUGGUCUACCCUCUCCUGGUGCUGGUCCAUGGACUGGCCUGCUUUAUCUCCUGGGUUCUGGUGUUCACCAUUCCAGUCUGCAAGAUGAAUGCCAGGACUGUCCGCAUCAUCCUGCUUAUGCCUCCUGAGCAUGUACACGUACGGAAACCAAAAAAGACGGAUGUUGUUUCGGAGUCGGGGGUGAUCUUGUGCUGCUACCAUGCUUUCAAUUCGUACUACUACAAGUACACAGUGGAUGGGAUCAACGUGUUCGCUGUCAACCUGCUGCCACUUGUUAUCGUCAGUCUGGUAUUGGGAUAUGCAGAUGAGAAAAACCGGUAUACAAGUUCUACUGUCAAGUUUGCCAUCUCCCUGUGUUCUAUCAUUCCACUCUCCUAUUACAUUGGAAUGGCGAUCGCCAGUAUUUCAGCACAGAGUAAUUUUGCAGUGGGUGCAGUGAUGAAUGCGACUUUCGGCUCCAUCACUGAACUUACGUUCUACAUCACAGCGCUGAUAAAGGGGUCUCGGGAAGGGAACAAGUGCUAUGAUGAGAUUGUGAAGUCUGCACUGACUGGGACUCUCCUGGGGUGUGUCCUCUUCAUCCCUGGUGUGUGCAUGAUAAUUGGAGGGUGUAAGCACCAGGAGCAGGUGUUUAACAGCAGGUCCGCAGGUGUCAGCUCAACGCUGCUCUUCAUAUCAGUCGGAGGUGCGUUUGCUCCAACUCUCUUCUCUAAGGCUUAUGGGAACUUGGUCUGUCAGGGCUGCACUAACGUCAGUGAGAACGGGACCGGACCCUUCGUCUGCAAAGACUGCCACUAUGACCUGAGUGAAAAUAAUUAUUCAUUAUUUCACAGUCACAUUGAACCACUUGUUUACACGGUGUCUGUGCUGCUCCCAGCUGCUUACCUCGUUGGCCUCAUCUUUACCCUGAAGACUCACUCGCACAUCUAUGACAUUCACGUCAGUGACUGUCCUGUGACAGGUCACCACCACAGCCCUGUUGUUCUCUGGUCUAGGUGGAGGGCACUAAUUAUCCUGAUAGUCGCCACUCUGCUCAUGUCUGCCUGUGCUGACCUGGCAACAGAGCACAUUAGCCCUAUUUUAACCAACUCAAAGGUGUCUCAGUAUUUCAUUGGAGUCACUGUCCUAGCUAUGGUGCCGGAGCUCCCUGAGAUUGUAAAUGGGAUUCAAUUUGCGUUGCACAACAACCUUAGUCUGAGCAUUGAAGUUGGAAGCUGUAUGGCAGUCCAGGUUUGCAUGCUACAGAUCCCAGUACUGGUCCUCUUCAAUGUUUUUUAUCCUGUUGGUUUCAUUCUCAUCUUCAGUGACUUGCACCUCUGGGCCAGUAUGUUCAGUGUGAUCCUCAUGAACUAUAUCUUUAUGGAUGGCAAAUGUGACUACUUCCAGGGAACAGCGUUGGUGGUGGUGUACCUGAUCCUGCUGGCCAUGUACUUCUUUGCUCCUUCACCUGCUGGCUGCUGAAAAGAAAGUUAGAUACAAAUUCAUAGAUUUAUAAUAAAAAACAAACCAAAAAAAUACACAAACGGCUGGGUUUUUACAUUUUAGACUGCAGAAGCUUGAUGUGUUAAGCAGUCCAACCCUUUAAAUGGUAGAAUCCUAUUUUGUUUCAGCCUGUAACGUGCUCUUGACUUGGUUUCCUUACCAGUUAUUGAUUUGUGAUCUCUGUGAAUUGGUUUAAAUGCACAAUGAAAAAAGUGUGUCUAAAAUAAUGUUCACUGACUUUGAGGUGGUUCUUGUGGUAAUAAAAAAAAAAAAAAGAAUACCAAUAAUGUUGCUUACAUAACCUUUUAGAUUUAUUGUCUGUAAUGAUCCUAAAAAUAAUAAUAAAAAAAUGUUUUUCUAAUUUUCAGCUCGCACUACCUAGGUGGGAAUUGUGCAUAAUGUGAUUUUUUUUUUCUUUCUUCUUUUUGGUAUUAAUAUUGUAGGUUUACCACAAAAACUUAUGGAAUUCAACAAUCACAUACAAAAUAAUAAUGUUAGAAAUCAAUUUUAGCACUUGAAGUUUAGAGAAUUCACAGGGAUAAUUUUUUUUUUUUAUUUACUUAUUUCUUAGCAGAUGUCCUUAGCCAGGACGACUAACAAUUGAUCUUUAGAUUGUAUCUUGCUUUGAUAAUGUGAUUGCUGUUUAUAUGUCGGAUCAUAUAAGCAGAUUCAGUAUUUUCUAAGAAUACUGUACAUAUUUUAAUGCCCAGUACUUGUGGCUUGAGUAGCAAAUAUAGCCUAUAGUAAGAGCAUAAUGCAAUGCACUGAAACCCGUUUAUAUUGAGGUGUGUGAAUGUGAAGCUGUUCACUCUUUUAGUAACAGUAAUAAUAAAGUUAGAUGCUAAUUUCUGUGUGCAAAAAACAUUAACUUGUACUGUUUUUAUAUAUAGUAAUUAAUAAAGAAUGUAGAGUAAAUAGCAGGUGUUGGAAAUACUUUAAACAAUCAAGUGUAUAGACUGGAGAUUAAAAGGCGAUUCCUUCUUGUAGCCCAGAACUGGAUGGAAGUACUUGCUGUAACUCUUUGCAUAGCUACUUGAAAAAUCGAAUAAAACCUUACUGAAAACUUAAGGGUUAAGACCGCUAGACAGUAGACACGAUGCGACAAAAUUGAUAGAACCUAUACUUUUCAUACCCCAGACGACACCAGGGUGACGCGACAUAGGGUUGUAUCCUAUGUUUUGCUAUUUCGUCACACAACUAGGGAAUUGAGCAAUGCAUGGAGUGCACCACGGUGAACCAGUGUCCAAAAUGUUGGAGAAAAAAAAAAUACUUGCCGUAGAAAAAUACCCAGAGCUUUAUGACAAAGAACAUCAAACUUUAAAGAUGUAGAGGUGGGAUUCCAGUUUGAAGUAACUGGAUGUGCCUGGUAUGUAUGAUUUAUUGCCAUAUGUUGAAAUAAUGUCAGAGAAGACAUUAUUUCCACAUCAUGUUGACAAAUAUGAACCAGCCUCAAUUAGUCUUAUUUAUAGUUUUAUAUUAUUUUUUGAAUAAAAUGGAGCCCAUUAUAUAUAUAUAUAUAUAU